AUGGCAGAAGAUCGACGCAGUCAAUACCUUCAUCAUGCGGCAGGUGGAAUUUCAUCUAAAGAAUGGAAACGUGGCCAAGAAAAUCCUGCACAGAUUCGACAAACAGGUGAAGAGAAGCGUCAAGAAAUGGGCGCACCUGCCGCAGAGAGCCAGCGCCGAGGUCCUAUAUCUGAGUUACAAAGAGGGCGGAUUCACAUCCUACCAGCAGCGGUGUUGGCAGAUAUUGGACAGGUUGUACACGCCCACCGACUGCUGACAUCAAAGGACAGGGCCACGUCAGAACUCAGCAGAGCCACGCUAGCAGACGUCGUCAGGAAACGUGUGGGACACGAACCCAACACGGAGGAGAUCGUCGGAUUCAUAAAUUUCGGAAGAAGUGGCGAUCUCGACAAACCAGCGAACGACAUUACGACGACGUGGUCGAGGCUCAGGACGGCAGUGCGAAGGCUGAAACCAAAGAUCAACCUGCAGCUGGGAUUGGACGAGCUAACCGUCGACAACGCGCCAGUGAGCAGGGAGAACGCAGAAUCGAGCCUACGAGCAGCUGCACGACGGUUCUACAAGGAAAGAUUACUCAGAAAACCGGACCAAGGAAAAGCAAGGCGGCUUCACCAGAUUCGCAGAGUGGAAAUUUAUUCAUCGAGCGCGGCUCAACGUUUUACCACUGAACGGGAGUCGUCCAUUGGCAGCGGCGACAAGCGAUGCAGAAGAUGUGGACAGCACGACGAGACCCUACCUCACGUCAUCAAUCACUGCAAGCCGCACCUGAGCGCCAUUACGAGGAGACACGAUAGCAUCGUGCAGAGACUGAUUACGGCGGCAAAGAAACCAGCGGACGGAGCCCUAUACGCUAACCAGCCGAUACCAGAAUACGACGGUCAAGAGCGACCGGACAUCGUUAUCAUAGACAACAAGGAGAAAACAGCUGCGAUAAUCGAUAUAGCAGUGCCCUUCGAGAACCGGACCGAGGCCUUCCAGACAACUAGACAGCUUAAGAAGGACAAGUACGCCGCACUUGCUGAGCACUUUCGAGCCAAGGGAUUCAGGACUACAGUAGACGCUUUCAUCGUCGGAUCUCUCGGUGGAUAUUGCAGCCGCAAUUGGACCGCGUUAGCAGCACUCAAGGUCAAUAAAAAGUAUGCAGUGCUGAUGAAGCGGUUGAUGGUCUCCGACACGAUCCGCUGGUCCCGAGAUAUCUACGUGGAGCACAUCACCGGACACAGGCAGUACCAGGACGCAGGACCCCACACCAGCAGCUACAGCACUGGAAUGAGGACCACUGGAUUGAGGAACAGGACCAAACUGGACUCAACUAUUAUAAUAAAUGAAAUAUCUUAA